ACGUGAAGAUUGAAGAAUCAGAGGUGAAGAAUUAAAUACGAAGGAUUUGACUCAUUUGAAAAGAAUAUUAUUGUGCAGAUUAUAAAGGAAACUGAUUGAAUGAUCCUGUAGCAGUAUAAAUUGGGAAUAAUGCUGAGUUCUGUCCAGUUUGUUCACAACUCAAGCUAGUCAAGCAAGAGAAGGAAAAUAUAAAUAACAUGGAUGGUCUUUUUAAUGAUUUUGAGAACGAUGAUAUUACUGUAGAAGACUUUGAGCGACUAGAAAGUGAAGCAUGGGAGAAAGCUGACGUGUUGGAGAAAAACUCAGGAGACAAGAAGACAAACAACAAUAUAGCAUGUCUGGAUGUCACUAAGGAUCGUAUUAAUACAACAACAUUGAACUCAAGCAAUGAAGCAAGAUCUAACCCAAGUCAGAGAACAAAUCAAAUACAGACUGGACCUAAACAACAAGUUGCUGAUGAGUUUCAAGUGAAUUAUUUCAACAAACAGUUUCAAGGCACACAAAUGCAGCAACUUGCAAAUCAGCUUGAGGAAUACAAGUUGAAAGUAGAGGAACUUGAGAACAGUCUUUGUAUGAAAGAUGGUCAGUUGAAGGUCGUCAAACAAAAUUUGGAUGCGCGGCGUAGGGAAGUCACUGAGAAAGAGAACACAAUUGUGCAACUAAGGAAGGAACAGGCAGAAGAGAGAUCCGAACGUAACUGUAAGUUAAGUCAAGAGGUAAAAAAACUGAAAACACAACUGUCCUUUCAAAAACACGAAUUGAUGAAGCUAGAAACACAUAAAAUUCAAUCUCAGAAAGUGUCCAAUUCUCAGAAUGUGUCUAAUAAUGAUCAGAAUGUUCCUUAUUCUCAGAAAGAUGCUGGACCUCAGAAAGUGUCUGGGUCAGUUAAACGAAAGGCUGAAGUUGCAACAACAAGUCAUGGGUUUGAUUUAGAUAAUUCAUUUCAUGAUUCCCAGAUGUCUGGUUGUAAGCUUCCACAAGGAAAGGUCCCUAGGCUUGAAGAGAUGAAUGAUCAUGGGAAAGUGGAGAAUGUCCGUGGAAGACAACCAAAGUCUCGAGAAAGGAAAACAAGUUUAGUGUGUAGAGCAAGCACCAGCAACAUGGACAAACCUACAGGAACAAAAUCAUUGACUUCAUAUAAGACAAAUCAAUCUUCUCUGGAGAAACCAAACACUGCAAUAAGUUUGAUUAAAACAAGAGAAACAACUUCAUUAAAACCAAGAGAAACAAGUGCUGAAAAUCGAGGUAGUAAUAAUCAACUCUUAGAACCAAAAAUUGUAACCCCUAGUGAAAAGAAAGUUUGCAAUCUCGUGAAGAAACUUGUACUUUCCCACACUUGUGAUAGCGGCUUGAAUGAUGCAAGUCCAGAUUUUGAAACAAUGAGUUUGUUGACUUUGCUGAAAUAUCCUCUGAAACACCUUCCCGAGGUUUUGAAAGCUCAUUCUGUUGAUGCAAAUGCUGAUCAAUCUUUGUCCCAGUUCCCCACCUGGCAAACUCGAGCAGCGGACAGUAGUGAUCUCGCAACUGAUGAAGAGCUUGAUUUUGAUUCUGGGAAAUAUAACCUUGUAUCACAGGGAAUAUUUUUGUUGCUUGGCCUCUCAAAUUUGACAGAGAAGAAUGUUGAUACUUUGGGAGUUAUCCAUGUUUUAGUAUUCUUGGAAUUGUACAUUACAUCGUACCUAUUGACAAAACAAAGAACUGACGGACAUGACAGUAAAGCCGAGGCAAGGAAUCUUUGUGAAGAAGGUUCUACACAUGGAGAUUCUACGAGUGAAAGUGAGGCACAAAAGACAUCAUUUGAUGAGCAGGAGAUGAUCCUACAAACACUCCAGAUUCUGAAACUGUUGUUCUACUCUACACCAGAUCUUGUGAAAUGUAUCUUAGAUAGGACAAGUCCUGCACUCUUCAAAGAAGAUGAUGAAGUGAUUGUUGUUUAUGAUUCAAAAAAAGCUGAGACUAAGGAAGGGCUGGAAGAAGAUGAAAAUGUGCAAGGUAAUCUUGUCCUUUUGUUUGAGAAAGAUUGGACUACUAUCUGCUACUCACAAAAUUAACCUAUUAAAGUGCAAAACUCAGUUCCCUGGUGGGUAAAAUCAUCUGGCGCAUUAGACAAAGUAAAAUAAUAAAGUACUGUGUACAUUUGGGCACAUUGCUGCGUAUGCAAGCAUGGUUUCUGCAAGGUUUCAUGACCCUGUCUAACCAUGUUCUAUUAUAGUGUUUGAAGAGAAUGCUGUUGGGUCAUUUCGUUCAAUGCUAUUGAAGAAUUUGCAAAAACUUCUUGUUCCCCUUUCAGUAAGUUAUACUGUAAUACACCCUUCCAGAACGUAUAUUACUUUUAGCUAUAGAGCCCACUUUUUGUGUAUGUGGACAUCAGUUAAAGCCUAUGUCUCAAUCACGAAAAAGAUGUGGUAUAGCCAAGGUGUCAUACUUUCCGUAAGCAUGUAUUGUGUAGUAAUGUACCAUUCCAGCGCAUGUACAUUGAUGUGGGACAUCAUUAUUUAUUUGAUGUGUGUAUUUUAGGAUGAUAAGUCAUCUCUCUUAGUUUGCCAUGCUGCACUAGAGGUUGUUAUUGCAAUGACAUCAUUAUCUGACAAUACCCAGUUGGAAAGGUGGGAAAGCAGAAUUAGGUUUUGUGCAUUUGUUAUUAGUAGUAGAGCUUUCAACUUGAAGCUUUUCAUAUAUUUUCCAAGAUUAGUAAAAGCUACUUCAAUUUCUAUUUAUUUAGUGUAUUUAUUCUUUUAAACUCUGGGUGUCUUGUUGACCUUUUGGCAAAAGAUGAUUGUACCAUGUCAACAGUUUCACUUGUGAUGGCACUAAUAACCAAUUUCCUUCCCUGCAAAGAUGUGCACAAAAUGCUGUGUUCACAUACAGGUAAAUGAAGUUGUGCCUCUUCUUUUCAAUCCAAUUAGAAUACUUUUGAAAGCAAGUUUUCUUGAUUCUAGAUGAUUGUAUUUUACUGAAGAUCUAUCAAUGUGCUUGUGACGAGGAGGAUGAUGGUGGGGAAAAUUGGAAUAAAUUUCUUCUUCAGGCAAGUGGAAACACUUCUUUUACAAUAUUUGUGGUAAAGCAUUUUGUGGCAAUAAGAUCAGGACACUUGGGAAAUGUUGACACUUGCAGCUGCACGAAAAUUGAACUAUUUCUUGAUUCUAUUGCUUUACAUAAAAUGAAAAAGAUGAGCAUUAUUUUUUGAUAUGUUGACCUAGGGGCCUAAAACAAAGCCAUAUGGUUUCUAGUAGGCUCCUAGCCCAUCUCUUGUAAAUAGUUUAUUUCUUUUAUGUACAAUUUCAAUAUCUUGGGCAAAUCAGCAAAUAAAGUAAAUAAAUAAAUGAACUCAAUGGUAGUGAAAUCCACUGGUAUGUAUAUAAAAAUGUUUAAACAUUGAUUUUUAACAUAACAUAAUUUUUUUUUUUUUUGCAGUUCUUUCAAUUUGUAAUGAUGGUUGGAUUCACUCAUGGUGAUUCUGUGGAGUUUUUGCUCGAAUCAGAUUGCCAAUGUAGCUUUGAGGUGAGUUAUUUUCUUACUAUACCGGUAUUUCUAUGAGUCACCUGGGAUUUAGUUCUACCUGAGCUCACAACACGAAAUAUUUUCUUAUGUUCAGAUCAUUCGUUGUCUUGUGCUAGUUCUGUAUGACAAAGUGAAAUAUCUCCUAGAUAUGGUGGAUAUUGAACAAGUCAUAUCAAAUGAGAGGUAAAUGCUUAUAAACAUUAAAUGUGUAAAUGUAUUACCUAUUGAGCCCCGGUAGUCGAUCUCCCCUUGAUGAGUGUAGUCAUCUGGUGGUAAUUGAUCUGUGUAAAAUAAUGAAGUGCAGAGUGAUGUAACUUAAUGGGUAAAGUGAAUACACUAAUUUCAGUUGUCAUGUCAGUUCUGUAGUUAUAACUUGUUCUGUGUGUUGUCCAUUGUUGCUAUGAAGAAAUGCAUUCGUCAUUUCAUUUAUAUUUCAGUCUGCCUAUCGUGAGGACUGGACUAAAUCUUUUGGUGAUUCUGUGUACCCAUGCGCAUUACUCUCCUGAUCAUAAACUGCAUGUGGAACACGAAUUCACUGAAUUGAUUUAUAAAUCUAUGAAUUUGUUCAAGAAUAUCAGACCUUACAUGCCUGAACUUGAAGGUGAGUGCCAGGGGCCUGUUAUAUGAUGGCUGGAUUGCGAUUUUUUCAAGCUUUCUAAAAUUGGUCAUUGUAAAGUAUUUUAUAUUUAUUUGUAUUUUUGGCUGAUGUUACGUAUUCCACACUGGGCAAGCUGAAAGUAUGGUGGGAAUCGAACCCUUUGGCUGGCUAUUAAGGCUACGUUCACUCUAUAGCUUUCCCUAGCGGCGUGAAAAAUCACUUUUUUGAUACGGAAUGUACAACUUUCAGAAGCUGAGCGAAACAACAUCUCUCCGUUGCAAUAAUUCCUCCAAUGUGUUCUUUCACGUCGAUACGCAAAGCUAUCCGUAACCGGCAGUGUUAAGCCGGUUUUCCACUUCAACCGUGUCGUAGCGUAGCGUAUUUCUUUGUUUCCUGACCACUAGUGUGGAACUAUUGACUUCGACACAAAAGAAAAUGCUACGAUACGUUACGAUUGAAGUAGAAAACAGGCUUAAAGACAGUUUUCCACUUCAAUCGUACUGAAACGUAGUGUAUUUCUUUUUUUCGUGAACGGUAGAGAGAAACUAAUGACUUCGACACAAAAGGAAAUGCUACGGUACGAUUGAAGUGGAAAACAUGCUUAAACGUAGACCAAGGCAUUUGGUUCACAAGUAAACCAAAGUCAAAGGUUCGAUUCCCACCACGGUCAAGCUACUUUCUUGCAUAGUGUGGAGACUACACGACAAGCAGAAGACUUAAAUUCAUGUUUAUUCCUUGUUCAGCACUCGCGCUGCAAGACCUCCUGGAUAUGGAAAAUGUUGAUGAGAUAGAGUGGUCCUCGGGUUCUGAAGAUAACGGUAGAGACGACGAUGAUGAAAUCAUUGACAUGGUGUUUGAUUGAAUAUAACAUCAAGCAGGGUAGGACUAUGGUUUGGAGAGGAAGAUGACGAAUCUGAUUAAAUAACAUCGACCAAGGUAGGACAUUUAUCUGUGUGGCAGAGCCACUAAAGCAGGAGUAAUAAUAUUCACACUGACUAAUAAUAUUAGUAAUAAUAUUCAUAUUCACUGAAAUAUUUAUUUUACGAGCUUUCGACUGCCAAUCAGUAGUCUUCACUGCCAAUCUUCACGACCAUUACAAUUACAUAUACGGAACAAAAAAACAUGUGAGUUCAUUAGGCGUAACUGUCAAUUCUCGUCGCAUGUUUUUGUUCCGUAUAUGUAUAAAUUGCGGUAGUCGAGAAACUAAAUAAAUAAUUCAAACCAGAGAGAGCAUCUGAACACUAUGAAUAUGAUGAAUAAUCCUGGUUUUUAAAAGGAUAAACAUUGUUCAAAACUUGUUAUAUUAGUUACCAUAGAUAUUAAAACAUAUUCUAAAUGUUGAAGAAAAUAUUAUAGUACAUCUAAUAUUCUUCUGUUUUUACUUCAAACGCAUGAUGUGUUCGUAUUGUUGUCCAGUGAACCACACCAAACUGAGGUCAGAGGGUGUUUUGUCAUGUCGAUUUUUGAAGCCUGAAGAACAAUCUUCUGUACUGAAAUACACCUGCAGACCUGCUUAUCCCGUAUUCAUAUCAUGUUCACCUUAUAUUCCGCGUAUUAUCCAGCUCAUCCAUAUUUCACACGUGAUUAUGCCCUUGUGUUCCUAACAUGCCAUAUUUAUCCAGUGAUGAACCAAUAUCCUCCUCCUGUGUUCCUAACUAUCCAUAACCUUAUGUUCAUUCUUCUCCAUCUUUCACCCAUGAUGACCCUAUAGAAUCCUCUUAUAUUCCUAAUUAUCCAUAGUCUUGCGUACAGAGUCCAAGACUGACUGAUUAUAAACUGUAUCUAGUUCCCUCUCGUACUCUUGUCUUCUUGGAGCUGGGAGUAUGGCUUUGCGUGAUAUGCGCAUGCGUCCUGUUGCUGGAUCUCGCCCGAAAUAUUUGACUCUGAUUGGUUGAUCUACCUCUAGACCCAGGACCUCGUGACUAAAUAUCU